CCAGGCAGGGCUCCAAGUGGUUUUCUUAGAACUCAUUUUCUUAGAACUUCUUCAUUCUUCACCUCAGUCCUAUGAGGGAGGGAGUAUCGCUGUCCCCAUUUUACAGGUGAAGGAGUUGAGACACAGAAGUUCAGUGACCGGCUCGAGGCCACACGGCCAGCCGCAGGAGCACAGGACCUGAUGAUCCCAGGCUCUCGGGCUGCCCCCACUGUGCUCUAAACCACCACAGCCACAGGACAAGGCACCUCUCCUCUGUCCCCUCACCACCGAAGCCCCACUUUCUGUUUGAACUUUGGGAUCAGGAGUGUGAGAAAGUGGCUCAAAGAAUUAAUAAUUCACAGGAGCUAACUUUUCUGGAGAUGCUUGCGUUCUAACAGAGAUUACUGAAUGGAUCUUGGAAGAAAAUCCCCAAGGGACCCCGUUUGGGCAGGGCUCCCUUUCUCAGUGGCCUUGAAUGACACUGUGCCCCGGGAGGACCGGCCUUGAAGGUGGCUAUUUUACUAAGUCUCAAAAAGAGGCUGACCCUUGUGCUUGGCCUGGCAACGCUGAUUGCUGCCUUUGGGUCAUCCUUCCAGUAUGGGUACAACGUGGCCGCCAUUAACUCCCCUGCCCAGUUCAUGAAAACGUUUUACAACAAGACCUACUAUGAGCGGAACAAUGGCUACAUGGACGAGUUUGCCUUGACGUUGCUGUGGUCUGUUUCCGUGUCCAUGUUUCCCUUCGGAGGCUUCGUCGGGUCCCUCAUGGUCGGCCCCCUGGUGAAUAACUUUGGCAGGAAAGGGACCUUGCUCUUCAACAACAUCUUUUCCAUAGUGCCCGCCGUCUUAAUGGGGUGCAGCAAGGUCGCCGGGUCUUUCGAGAUGAUCAUUUUGUCCAGACUUUUGGUGGGAAUAUGUGCAGGUCUGUCUUCCAAUGUUGUCCCCAUGUACCUGGGAGAGCUGGCCCCUAAAAACCUGAGGGGGGGCCUCGGGGUGGUGCCUCAGCUCUUCAUCACCAUCGGCAUCCUCGUGGCUCAGAUCUUCGGCCUUCGGAGCCUCCUCGCGAGCGAAGAAGGCUGGCCGAUCCUCCUCGGGGUGACCGGGGUCCCCGCGGCUCUCCAGCUCCUACUAUUACCCUUUUUCCCCGAGAGCCCCCGGUACCUGCUGAUUCAGAAGAAGGACGAGGUAGCUGCCCAAACCGCGCUGAAGAGGCUGCGUGGCUGGGACGACGUGGGCCCCGAGAUGGAGGAGAUCCGGCAGGAGGACGAGGCCGAGAGGGCCGUGGGCUUCGUCUCCGUGCUGAAGCUGUUCCGCACGAGGUCCCUGCGGUGGCAGGUCAUCUCCGUCAUCGUCCUCAUGGGCGGCCAGCAGCUGUCGGGGGUGAACGCGAUCUACUACUACGCGGACCAGAUCUACCUGAGCGCGGGGGUGAAGGAGAAUGACGUCCAGUACGUGACAGUGGGCACCGGGGCCGUCAACGUGCUGAUGACCGUCUGUGCCGUGUUCGUGGUGGAGCUCUUGGGGCGAAGGUUCCUGCUCCUUCUGGGUUUCUCCGUCUGCUUCACGGCCUGUUGCGUGCUGACGGCGGCCCUGGCCUUGCAGGACACAAUAUCCUGGAUGCCUUACGUCAGCAUCGCCUGCAUCAUCGCCUACGUCGUGGGACACGCCCUUGGGCCCAGCCCCAUCCCCGCGGUGCUCAUCACGGAGACCUUCCUGCAGUCUUCCCGGCCGGCCGCCUUCAUGGUGGGGGGCAGCGUGCACUGGCUCUCCAACUUCACGGUGGGCUUGAUCUUCCCAUUCGUCCAAGUGGGCCUCGGAGCCUACAGCUUCGUCAUUUUCGGCGUGAUCUGUCUUCUCACGACCAUCUACACCUUCCUGGUGGUCCCCGAGACCAAGGCCAAGACCUUCAUAGAGAUCAAUCAGAUUUUCACCAAGAUGAAUAAGGUGUCAGAGGUGCACCCGGAAAAAGAGGAACUGGAGGAAUUUCCACCCUCUACUCGGGGGCAGUAACUCGAGGGAAGGAGCCUGCUGAGUGGGUCUGCGCCGGCUUCCCUCCCGGGCUUUUGUCCCGGCCAAUAGGCGUGAACGUGCGGUACUAGGCGCCGUCCGGGGUGGAAUGCACCGGGGCUGUGCCGUCUGUCUCCAGAUGACCGCCGCCAACCCCGAGUCACGGGGAGCAGGCGCCCCUCGCCGCGCUGGGCCAGCCGUCAGGUCCUGAUAACGCCGGCUCUCACGACAAAAAUCAUUAGUGUGGUGGCGGGAUGGAAAGAAUCACAUCUGGCCAGAGAAACACCUCUUCUGAAAUCCAUGGGUCUUCUGGGGACCGGAGGCCUGCGUUCAGGGGAAUUCUUCCUCUUGCCCGAUCCGUCUCCAGAAACGCCAGUCCUGGAAAGUGUGAUGUCUGAGAAGCUGCGAAGCAGGUCCCUGUGGAGACUUCAAUGGAGUCGGAGCUUGUUAAUUCCGGAUUAUAUUGGUGCAGGGCAGUGAAUGGCAUUGCCUCUGAAUGCUCAAUAAAACACAUAUGAUCCCUUUUACCAA